AUUCAGCGGCUGUCUAGCGAGAGCGGAUUGCACCUGUUGAAGCCCAAAAAGAUUGAGCGAGCCUACACCAAGCAUGCUGAAAAGGGCUUAUUUGGUCUAUUUGUGAGCACCAGACUGAAGAAGGCGUGGCGUAUCUGGACAAACGCUGUCUUGGUGGCGAAAGGGGAAACUCCAAUUACCGCAGAGGAGCUGGAUGCGUUCAUUGGACUCGAGCUGGCUAUGAGCCUGGUACCCAUAACCGAUAUGAAGGAACUGUGGUCUGACAAGAAAUUUCAAGGCCAUCACGAUUUCAAAGCGACAAUGAGCCGAACACGGUUCCAAACUAUCCGUGGGUCGCUCCAAAUCCACCCUCCUCUUGAUGCAACCGAGACCGAGGAUACAGCUUCAUCUUCGGACAAGGACCCAAGUUGUGCUGAUCCAGGAGAUCCGCUAUGGCACAGCCGCCACUUACUAGAGCACUUCCAGCGCAAGUUUGCAGCAACAGCAGUUCCGUUUGGUGUGAGCAGUCUAGACGAAAACGGUGUGCGAACCAAGGCUCGGAGUGCA